GUAGAUGAUCCCGAUUCGUUAAGGCGAAAGAGACAAAAGCUUAGUAACAGCUCGAGCUCGAUUCUUUUCAAACACGUAGCAGAUUUUGAGAAGCAUUCUACGAAGUCGCCUAUCAACUUCAACAUCGUCAAAGCUGAGCCAACCGGCCGGAUAUCGCCUUACGGAUGUCCGAGCACAAGUACCGGAGGUUUCACCUUGCAGUCCAUGAGACAACAAACGCACCCCAACAUGCAGACUCUUAGACCUCAGGUAUCUCCCGGACGAACACCGUCUCCCAUGGAAUACAGUACUUACAACCCGCCUCUCGUGCAGCAACAAUAUCAGCCAAACAUCAUCCAACCGAUGAUGCAACAAUCAACCAUACCGCCGGCACAGGCGGAUGUUCAAUCGUUCUCGUACAAUUUGCAACCGGAACCGUCACAAUUGCAGCUAGAAUCAAAUUUAUUGAUGUUGCAUCGAGUUACACCGGAAAGUCAGAGAGAACCGUUGCAGCCAGUAAACAACACUGACCCCGCACCGUCUCUGUUAGACAUGGACAAUCAGCAGUUUAACUUCGACUGGAAUUCCGCGGAACUUCUCGCGGAUUUCGGAGCGAAUUUGUCCGCAAAUCUUUCAACCGGAUUAUCCAUCUCUGAUUCUAUACAAGUCGAUGCGAGCAAUAACGAAGAGAGAAACAGCAUGACCGAGCGCAUUACGUGGAUAAACCAGGAACUAUCCGCUUUGAAUAAAAUAUUCCCACCUCGGCAAAACGACGAGUGAAUUGAAGAACCUACCUACCUACUUUGUUGUUAAAUUGGUCUACAGCGAAGAGACACAGAUCUCAACUGUGUAACUGUCUAAACCCGUGUACAUCGUGUGAUAACUGCUCUCUUCACUGCCUCGAACAAGAUUGAGUUUUUCAAAUCACAAAACAAAAAAUAGAAGAUUAUUAAAAACAACAACAUAUUUGAAUUUAAUUUUUAACCAGAAAGCUCGAUUUACUAUUACCUUUGUACGUGUAUUCCUUUGUACACACGCGUGUGCUUAUAUAUUGUACGCGUGAUGCGUCAUCUCAACGUGUGUGUGAUGAGUGUGUGUGUGUGUGUGUGUACACAAGUUAAAAAGAAUACUCUUUUAAAUUUCUGUAUUGAUUUGUAUGCGUGUAUAUAUGUAUGUGUGUAUGUAUGUAUGGGCGCACGCUUGCUCAACAAGCGUCGGUGGAAACAAAGCUAUGGGAUGUUGAUAUCUGCUAUUUAAUCGCCACCGGAAACGGAACUCUAUUAUGGGAUCUUGAUAUUUUACUUAGCUUAUAUAAUGUAUCACGUAAUUACGCAACGCACAUUUACAUCAAUUCUCAUAAUAAUCGUUUGUGUGUGAUCAGAUAUAUAUGACGAAGCUGACAUUUAACUCUUGUUUUGAUCACAGCUUGAAGCGCCGUUUUUUUUUUUUUUUUUUUCUUUUAGUGCGAUUCGAAAUGAACUUUAUACACUCGUACGUGACUGUGAUCGAAGUUUUUACUUUGUAUUUUUUUUUUUUUUUUUUUUUUUCUGUGCGUAUAUAUAUAGAUCAUAUAUAUAUAUUUUUUUUUAGAGAAAUGUCUAUUCUGUGCAAUCCGAAGAAACUGCAUCUUCAAAUUCUCUGCGAGAAAAGUGAGUCUGCAGGCAAUACCGUGUGUACAUAUCAGAGUUGAAUAAUUUUUAUGUGCACUUUGUUAUAUACAAUUUUCUAACGCUUGUUAUUUUUAUUGUUUGCACAGUCAUGUUUUGACAGAAUAUAGUAUAGUUGUAUAUUUGCAUAAUUUAUAUAUAUAUAUUUGCAUAAUAUAUAUAUAUAUAUAUAUUAGAUUGUUUCUGUAGGGAUGACGUUUAUUUGAAAAACAAACGUAUUAAAGAUAUUAAAAACUUGUUGUUGACGUACUCAAAAGUUUAAUCGUAUGUUCCGUCCAGGUAUAUUUCUCAUAUGUAUUUGUCUUCAAAAAUUUCUUACUUAAGUACACGUAAGAAAAAGACGAAAAACAUAUAUAUAUAUAUAAAAUCUACCAAAUAAUAUUCAUUGAUGAACAAAAUCUGUUGUUACCAUAUUAUUAUAUAUACAAGUAACAUUUUUAUUUAACGGACUUCACAUUAUUGUUGCAAAUAUAAAUUGUUAUAUGACAUUUGUUUUAAUAUAAAUAUAUAUAUGUAUUUUUACAGACCUCAAAUAAUUUAUUGUAUAUCAUAUUGUGCACAGAAUAUGUUACAGAGAACAAUUUUUGUUUUGCGUCUUACAAUCUAAGGAAACCUAUACUUUAUAAUCUGCCAUAUACCCAUGUGUAAAUAAAAAUCUUGUUAUAAAUAUAUAUAUGUAUAUAAGGUGUUUGGCUUUUAACAAUUAUAUAUAUAUAUUUUGUGUAAACUUUUUAUUGUUACGUAUACAGUAUACGUGUUCAUGCAUAAUAUCUGUGUGUGUGUAUAUAUAUAUAUGUACACACAUAUAUAUAUAUAUAUAUAUAAAUAGUCUUCUGAUGUGUAGAUAUUGUAUAGACAAGACCUCAGGAUGGAACUUCAUGCACAGUAGAAAAUAAAAACUAGUAAAACGAUACGCAUUUAUAUAUCCUUUGUUUAGCGUUUCUUGUGACGCUCUGCGAGCAGUCAACAUCCUGUUUUAAAAGAGAAAGAUACAACGGAAGUGCAUAUUUACAGUUAUGAUUAUAUAUUUACAUAACAUCGAUCGAUAAGUGGUAUAAGUCUCCCUAUGCUUAGCAUGAAAAAGUCGGCAGUGAACGCUCGGAUUAAUUUCACGUAAAAAAUGUAUAGCUUACACAUUACAUGUACAGGGCGUUUAUAUAAUUCUCAUAUAUAAAUACUACAUACUUUACAAUCUUCUUCUUUCAGACGUGCGUCCGCAGAUUGCACAAAUGUAUUCGCAAAGAGGUGGCAAUACAUUAUGCAAUUAUAUUCAUUAUAUAUAUAUAUAUAUAUUUUUUAUAUAUAUAUAUAUAUUUACGAUAUAUAUAUAUAACGUGUGAACGGGGAAGAAAUAUUUCGCUUCACAUACUUACAUGUGAAGAAUAAAAAAACAUUGAUGUUGUUUUUCAAAAUGUAUUUACUUAAAAAUACAAUGAAAGUUUCAGUUCUGAUGGAAUGAAGAAAUAUAUAGUUUGUGGUGUGUCGGUUACCGUUUUUUUGUUUUUUUUGUUUUGUUUUUACGUUGAAAUAGAUGAGAUGCGAUGGUUAUCCUGUACAAAAGUAGCUUGAACAAGACUUAUGAACACACAAACCAAAUUCUCUUAGCCUAGGAUGUUUUGUUUAUAACGUGUACUCGUGUGUGAAACACAUGUCAUUUUUUGUUUACCAGAUUUNUUUNUUUUUUUUUUUUUUUUUNUUUUNUUNUUUUNUUUUAUAUCUUAAACUUCUUUUUUUUUUUUUGUUUUUUUUAUGCUUACCUAACGAACGUAGGGGGAUGUAACGGUAUGUGGGCGAUCAGCCUGAUUGAUUGUAAAAGACCCGUUAGCAUCAGCAACUUGAAUUAUCCGAAUCGUGUCAAGUACUCGAGCACGAGGAAGAGCACAUCGUCACUCCACCUUGGGCUUUGGCGAAGUACAAAACGCAAGUCUUUCUUCAUGGAAACUCAUGAGCGUUGCCAACGGGGCUCGGGGCAUUUUGUGUAUAUUCAAUAAAAUUAAAUGGACCUAUGCUCUUAUAUGUAUAAUGUAGUAAUGCUAUGAACGCUAGAGUACCGAUUUUUUUUUUUUUGUUUUUUUUUGUUUCAGGCACCUGUACUUUAAGAUAGUUCUUUGUCAACUUUGUCUCAUCGUCAAGUUACUAUCUUGAAGUGAACACGUGUGAAUAUAGCAGCGGAUUGCGUAUAAAACCGUAGAUUAACAGAGACUGCCGGAGAUGGUGUGUCAUCAAUCUAUAUGCAUCAUCAUCAUCAUCAUCAUCAUCAUUAUCAUUACCAUCAUCAUCAUCACAUUUGACAUCGAUUGGCUGUCUUUGUUGGACGCAUUACAUUAUAGAAUAUUUUCCAUUUUUAUACACCGACAAAUUUGAUGGUACUGAAAAGAUUUUUUUUUUUUUUUUUUCAUAAGUAUCAAUGUGUCAAGCGGUCCAACUCUUUCCCCCUUUCCCCGCCCAUCUCCUUGGUUUCCAUUUAGUAGGAUUUUAGUACGUGAGAACGGAGCAGCCUUUUACACACACACUGCCAUCUCCUCCUCAUUAUAAUCCUCAGACAUUUAAACCCAUCUUCUACUACUUACGAGAACGAAUUUAUUUUCUCUGAUCUAACUGCGUUUUAUUUAACUAUCUCAUUCGAAAAUAUUUGUACAUUAAAACGGGACAUCUUUCCGCAGUCAAAUUAGCUUUACCUUUAUUUAUUAUGCUGCUAUGGUACAAUGGUAUAACCGCAAUGUCUCGUCACCCUUUUAUCUAACAGUCUCCCGAAAAAUAAGUAGCGGUAUGGACAUGCCAAUCGCAAUGAUUCACCGACUCUUGCACAAAGAGUCUGUUGCUUUAUUUAAUUCAGAUCCGUGGAUCAUCAUCAUCAUCAUCAUCAUCAUCAUCAUCAUCAUCAUCAUUAUCAUCAUCGUUAUUAUUAUUAAAUGUCAUUAAGGAUUAAAAAUCUGAUACUAAAUCCAACUAGUAAAUAAUUCAAUUAUCAUUUAAAGAUUGCUACGUACACAGAAAUUAGAAUAAAUUAUCAACUCAUUCUGCGAUAGCCAAAGAAUCAUUGCUACAAGUAGCCCACAAUGAAGAUAAAAACACGAUAUACAUAAAAAGA